AUGGGCUGCCAAACCGGCCCACCAGGUUACUACCCGGUUGAGGAUCCGGGGGUUGAGGUUUGUCUCAGCACUCGGCCAGUCGGCCGGUUCCUCCAGUUCUUCAUCCACCAUCGACAGCCUCAAUCAACGAGCAUGUCGGAUUCGGAAAACACCAGCUUGAUCGAAUCCGAUGUUUGCAAGGCGCUUGAAAGCUUGUUAGAGCCUUGCACGCACGGCUCGAUGCCAUCCCGACAUGAUCCUGGUCCCCGCAAGGCAACCCUCUCGAUCGGCGAAAUCGAUGCCCUGAAAUCUGAUCUGAUCAAAUUGCAAUCGACAUUGCUACCUUCCUUGCGACAGCGUCUGGCUGAUCUCCUGACAUCACUAGAUGUCUCCGAUUCACUGAAAGAUCCGCAGCCGAACCUUCGAGCCGCCCUGGAAAUCAUAUCCCAACUCGCCGACAUCCCCGAACAAAUCAGAUCGUCCGUCAGAGCCAUCUCCCCCAUGCUCAUACCACUCCAAGCACUCAACAGGCAGGAUUUCGACCACGGCAUAGCGAAAAGCUAUCGAACCAAGCCUUUCCUGGAGUAUUUGGAUUGGCUGAUGGGUUGUCCCCUAUAUAAAAUACUUUGGAGACAUCUGGAGCGUAUUCGAAGCUGGAAGGGUCCGAACCAAGAAGGAGUCGACAUGCACCACGACAGAAACCUAUCUCUCCAAACAAUCGACUACUUCGAGCAUAUUGAUAAAGCACUACAAUUGCUCAACAGAUCCGACUUUGGUGUUCUUCAAGACAAUUGGAAAAAGACAAUGCAUCAGUAUGAUACAGGCCUGGCAAAAUUAAUCAACCAUAUCAUCAUCCAAUCAGACCAAGACCGCGAUCCUGCCGACAAAAAUUUAUCUGAUCACACUCACGCUUCAAGGGGCCCGCCCAACGGACAACUCGGGAUUCCAAGGCCGCAUUAUAUAACGCUCCUCCGGUCUGCAAUCCCGUUUGUCAAACUCGGCCGGAUUUUCCUAAACAAACUCUUGAUCACUCCGACCAGUCGACCACCAUUCACGAUCAAGAGUCGGAUAAGCUCAAUGGAACUUGAUUAUCUGAGACAAAAGAUUUACAUGUUUUCGUGCCAGAUGUGGCUGUUUGCCAAAACAUUGGUUGGCCUAUCUGAUCUGGAUAGCUUUUAUCGAUCUAUCUUUGCUCUUGAGGAUGAGUUUGAAGGAGCUGUGGAUUAUUUCAACGAGUCGAUCGAUUUAUUAAACUGUCAGCUCGUGCCUCUAUCUCCCAACCCACUCUCUCUUCCAAGAUCUAAAACGAUCUUCCAUGAUCACUCUUCCUUCUUGAUCGAUCAAUUCCGUCUCGCUUCUCAAAACUUUAGCAUCAAUUUAGAAAGUGUUAAGAUGAAUAGGGGUACAUGAUCAGAGAUUUGUCUUUCCAUUCAUCCUUGUCACUCUAUCAAAUGAUGAUGAUGAUGAAAAUUAGCACAGGAUUUAUUUCGAACCGGUCCUAGUUUUCUUCCUAUAUUACUUGAGGUUACAGCUUCAUGAAUGCAUCAUCAACUCCAAUUGUAGAUCCACCUUCACCCCCAUUUUUUCAACAAGAAGACAAACUUCAGACGUUUUGUGCGGUUGAGUGGAGAUAUAAUAGAGAGAAGAUAAAAUUUAUUCAAAUAUCAGUUUGGGAAACAAAAAUACAAGUGUAUAAUCUUCAGAAUCAGACUGCUAAUUUGGUUGGAAAGGCCAGUCCAACAACUCCUAUUGAUUUCCCUCCGCUCUUCCUGAACUUUGUGCUAAGCUUUGCCUUCUCAUCAUCAAGUUGAUUAAAUCCACAGCUUUCUCCUCAAACCCUGAUCUUCUAAUCCUUCUUUUUGGCCCCUUUCUCACUGAUUUUCUCCUUUUUUUCCUUAUAAUUUCUUUCUUCUUUCAGCAGUGUCCAAUUUCUUGUGUAUUGUCUUAUUUUUUUUAACUACCAAUUAUAGGCUAGGUGGUUGUUGAUUUGAAAUUGCAUGCUUUGGUACUUUACAUUCAUAAAUUAGUGUAUGCACCUACGAUUCUAAUUGCAACAUUAGUACAAUUGAGAAAUAAAAAAAAGAGCUACUAGUAUGACCAUA